AUGGAAGACGACGACGAAUUCGGAGAUCUCUACACCGACGUUCUUCGACCCUUUGAAUCGUCCGAACCAUCGUCAUCAUCUGCGCCGCAGCCCCACCAAUCCUCCGCCGCAGCCCAAUCUCUCCACCGUCCGAUCGAUCUCAACGUCCUCGACGAAGAGGACAAGAUCCUUUUUGCAGCUCCGCACUCUAAUCCUUCUGUUUCUCACCCGUCCAAUUCCCAAACCCUAGCUCCCGCCGCCUCUGUUCCAACCAAUUCCGCUAGAGAUGCUGCUCCAGUUGGUGCGUCUAGGGUUUUGGAGGCUAAAGACGUCGAAUUGCCGAAAGUCAAUUCCGUGGAUUUGAAUAUUGGUGGUAAAGAUUUGGAUUUGAUGGACAAGGAUGUGAAUUUCGACAUCGAGGAGGCUAACAAUGGAGCUGAUGCUAUGGGUUUGGGUCCGGUGAUUCCAGGGCUUUCGGAUACCUUUCCGGUGAAUGAUUCCGCAGCGAAUUUCGGAAACCCGGAAGUUACAAGAAGAGAUGGUGAGAGAGGCGAAGAUGACUGGGACAGCGACGAUAGCGAGGAUGAUUUGCAGAUAGUAUUGAAUGAUAACAACCACGGGCCUAUGGAUAUGGAGAGAGGUGGAAUGGGCGGCGAAGAUGACGAUGACGAUGACGGCCUCGUUAUUGUGGCUGAUAGUGAGCCGAACCAGCCAAUGGACGACCAAGAGUGGGUGGAAGAGAGCGCACAGGCGGCGGAAGGUGAGAGGAAGGAGAUGGCUGAAGCCGGGAAGACUGCUGGCGGUGUGGUUGUGCCCCCAAAAGUUGGGUAUAGCAGUCAUGGGUAUCAUCCAUUUCAUUCUCAGUUUAAGUAUGUAAGACCUGGUGCUGUGCCAAUGCCUGGACCAACUACAUCUGGCCCUGGAGGAGUCCCAGGUCAAGUUCGUCCACUUGUAAACAUGGGUCCUGGAGCUGGUCGAGGUAGAGGUGACUGGAGACCAACAGGAAUGAAAAAUGGCACUCCACUGCAGAAGAACUCUCAUCCAGGCUUUGGCACGCCUGGCUGGAGCAACAAUAUGGGUGGUCGUGGUUUCGGUGGUGGACUGGAGUUCACACUUCCUUCACACAAGACCAUAUUUGAUAUUGACAUUGAUGGUUUUGAGGAAAAACCUUGGAAGUAUCCUGGUGUUGAUACGUCGGACUUUUUCAAUUUUGGCUUAAAUGAAGAUAGCUGGAGAGAUUAUUGUAAACAGCUGGAACAGCUUCGUUUGGAGUCCACCAUGCAAAGUAAGAUUCGUGUUUAUGAAAGUGGACGAGCAGAACAGGAGUAUGAUCCAGAUCUGCCCCCAGAGCUUGCAGCAGCAACUGGUAUUCAUGAUUUGCCUGCUGAAAAUGCAAAUCCUGGGAAGUCGGAUGUUGUCCAAAGUGAUUUAGCAAAAGGAUCUGCUCGUCUGCGUCCUCCUAUACCAACUGGAAGAGCAAUUCAGGUGGAAGGUGGUUUUGGUGAGCGUCUCCCCUCAAUUGAUACCCGACCACCUCGAGUUCGUGAUUCAGAUGCAAUCAUUGAGAUUGUCUUGCAGGACUCUUUAGAUGAUGAUUCCUCUGCAGGAAAUGGUAUCCCAGACGGAGCUGAAAAUGAUCGCCCAAGAGAGGGUUUUGGUAGAGGUGAAGGAGACCUCGCACAGGUUGAGAGCGAGUAUUUUGAUGGUUUUCCCCAGGCUAAUAACGAUCAAAAGGUUGGAAGAAAAAUGCCUUUCCAUGAUAACAUACCAGAAGAAGGAAACUUACCCUCCCCUCCUGAAGUGGCAGUCCCAUAUACUGGUUCUGGGGGUGAGACUCCUAGUUAUCAGGAAAGGAAAACACAACGAAGAGCACGUGACAGAUCUCCUCAUGUGACUCCUAGUCGAAAUACAAGGGAUAAGAAAUUCCUUGAAAAUCAGAAGGAAGAAUCGAUUGAAAGCAUGGAUGGUAAACGUAGUCUAGGGAUAUCAUCACCCGUCACAAAUAGGGCUGCACAGGAGUCAAGUGCUGAGUAUAGAGAUAGUGACCAAGAUGAGCCUGUUCUGGCUGAUGGAAGCUCUGAAAUGGGAAAGAGGGAAACGUCUAUGGUUGAUGAAAAUGAUGCCCUGCAAGAUGGGGCUCCAAAGCAUAAACAAUUAGUUUCAAGAGUUGAACAGUCUGCUGACGAAGAACUUGAUGAUGGUGAGGACUCGAAAGCUGCAAGAAGUAGUGACAACAGCAAAGCAAGAUCAGGAAGCAGCAGGGAUUAUCCGAAGUGGAGGGAUGGGGUUGAAGAGGAAGUCAUUCAAGGACGUUCAACACAUAUGGGGGGCAUCAAGAGGCACCUUAAUGAAAAUGAAAAGGGGUUCCAGAGGAAAAACCAUGAUGCUAGACAGGAACCAGAUAGAAGUCACAUGGUGGUUAAAGGGAGGGAGGGCUCUUAUCCUUAUAGGGACUGGGAUCCUAGCUCUGCACAUCAGUUGCAAUUGAAAAAUGAUGGCCUUCAUAGGCGAAAGGAGAGGGACAAUCUUGAUGGACCAUGGCAACGGAGAGAAAAUGAUCCUUAUAGCAAAAGGAUCAGGCCUGAAGAAACAAGGAAGAGAGAACGUAGUGAUGAAAUGGGAUCUAGGCACAGGAGUAAGGUUCGAGAAAGUGACAGGAACGAAAAAGACGAACAUCUGCAGUCAAGAAAACAGGUGGACAAUGGUAGCUAUAGGGUUUAUCAUGAUAAGGAUGUCGGUUCACGACCCAGGGAAAGGGAAGGUAGUUUGAAGGCGAGGUAUGAACAUGUGGAAGAUUACCAUGGCAAGAGAAGGAAAGAUGAGGAAUAUAUGAAGAGAGACCAUAUAGAUAAAGAAGAUUUUUUGCAUGGCCACAGAGAUAAUAGCAGUCGCCGAAAGCGUGAAAGGGAUGAAAUUCUGGAUCAGCAGCGUAAGAGAGAUGAGCAACAAAGAGUUAGAGAAAAUCUUGAUGAUCUGCACCCUGUUAGGCACAAAGAUGAUGGCUGGUCGCAGAGGGAGAGAGGUGACAGGCAAAGAGAGAAGGAGGACUGGCAUAGGGUCAAACAAUCCCAUGAGGAAAAUAUACCCAAGCGUGAACGAGAUGAAGGACGAGUUGCUAUAAGGGGUGGGCGUGGUGCAGAAGACAAAGCAUGGGUAGGCCAUACUAGGGCAAAGGAUGAGAACAAGGGCUCUGAUAAGGAGCACCAAUAUAAAGAGACUGCACGGCAUAGCGAACCAUCUAAAAGGAGAGAUAGGGUUGAGGAAGAAAGCUCGCAUCGUAGGGGACGUGAAGAUGUUCAUGGACGUGGAAAUCAAAUAAAUAAUGAUGAGAAAAGAUCUGGAAAGGAGAGAUCAAGUACUCAUAAUGAGCGUGCUGACAACCAAAAGGUCCAUGACAGAAAACAUAAAGAAAAUUCAAGGAAGACUAAAGAAUCUGAGAUUGCUAAUAACAGCACCACUUCCAAGAGACGUCAAGAAGAUCAAAGUGGUUAUAAUAAGGAGAUGGGCUUGAAAGGCACCCGUGUGCAAGGAACUGGUGAGGAAAUCCCACCACAGCGUCACUCUUCCAAAAGGCAUAAGGAAGAUGUUUCCUCUGAUGAUGAACAAGAGGAUUUGAAAAGGGGGCGCUCCAAAUUGGAGCGCUGGACAAGCCAUAAGGAGAGGGAUUUCAGUAUCAACAGUAAAUCAUCUUUGAAGCUCAAAGAGCUUGAUAGGAUCAACAACCGAGGAUCCUCAGAUGCCAAGAAAGUUCCAGAGGAACUCAAAGAGCUUGAUAGGAUCAACAACAGAGGAUCCGCGGAUGCCAAUAAAGUUCCAGAGGAAUCUUCCAAGCCAGUUGAGGCUGUUGAUAAUCAACAUUCAAUGGCUGAGGAGAAAGAUGCCGGUGAUCAGGAUAUCAAGGAUGCCGACACAAAACCAUUGGAGGAGCGACACCUGGACACAGUCGAGAAGUUAAAGAAAAGAAGUGAGCGUUUCAAGCGUCCGAUGCCAAGUGAAAAAGAGCCAGUGGCAAUCAAAAAGGUGGAGAGUGAUGUGCCGCCUUCCACCAGUAGCGAAACUCAGACUCAGACUCAGACUCAGACUCCUGUGGAGUCGGAGAUCAAACCAGAACGGCCAGCUAGGAAAAGAAGGUGGAUCAGCAACUGAAUCUGAAAAUACGGAACUUAAGGUUAGCUGGCUGUAUCUCUUUGGGAGAGUUAUGCUCGGCCUAAUUAUUAAAUUGAAACUUCAGGGCGGUGCAAUCAUUCAACUUGUUUUUGCAAUCGUAGAAUCCCAUAUACCUCUGCUCUGCAGUAGUUAUAUAAUUUUGUAACCAUGCUGCCCCAGCUUACUUAUAAUGUUUUCGUUUGUAUAUACUGGCGAUUGUAACAUUGAACUGGCCAUUGAUGGUGGCGCAGGAUUGCUUUUAGCAACUAUUUGUAAUUUUGUUGCUCAGGUUUGAUGUGGCAUGCUUUGAGGGUCGUCUACCGGACCUGAAAAUGCUGUUUAUGGGAUCUGUGAAGAAGCCGGGUGCCACUGGAAGCAAUGCAAGAGUACUGGUGGAGCUUCACGGAUGAAGACAAACAAGAUCGAAGAACUGAUGAGCGAAAAGAGAAGGAUUUCCACCAUCGUUGGAGAUGUUAGAACUUAUAUCUAUAUAUACUGUAACUUGAUUAGCGUAUCUUGAGUUCUUGAUCGAGUUCUUAUUUUUACCCUUUUUUACCUUUCUUUUUGGUUUAAAGAUAAGAAAACUGGGGGUAAUUUUGGAACGAGAGUUAGAAACAUCGGAUUACUAGAAAGUUGAAUGUAACAACACAAAGAUGGAAUAGUACUGUUUUAUUAGUUGUUCCAUAAAUCUCUUCA